AAGGGUUAAAACGGCCUCUCCAGCUGACUGACAGGGAUGAGGACCAGUCCUUGCCGAGCAGAAGGGAGAUUAACCAUGCAGUCGCCAGGGGGGAGUUCCUGUCUCUCUGGGAAGGAAGCGGCUGCAUUUCUUUGUGUUGGGGAGACUUUCCAAGCCCACCUAUUCCCAGCCCCCCGCCCCUGAGAAAAAUAGGGGUAGGCACGGUAUAAUUGGAUUCAGUGUUUCGCUGCAGAUCCCAGGAGGCUGGACGUUUCCAGGAGGAAUGACGGACAGAUGCAGGUUGGAGAACUAGAGUACUAUAUAGAGCACUGUAUAGGAUAAGGGCAGCCCCCACAGCCGAGGACAGCUGCAGAGCCUGGAGGCCAGCAAGCCCUCAGUGGCCAGACCCAGGCUUUAUUUUAGCAGGUGCUGCCAACACAAGAGGAAAUGGAAAUAACGGAUUCAGCUGAACUAGAACCAGGGAAGGAAUUGGAACAAGCAGCCAAAGAUCCUGUUGUAGCAGCAUCCAUCUCACUCACUCCCCAGUGGUCCCGGACAAGACUCCACCAGGUCAGGACUGAACUGCAACAGGAAGGGGUGUCCCAGCAUUUGGGAGCCCAGAAGGUGCUACGAACUCCUGCUACUCCAGAUCCUGCUGGGGCAAAUCCACUACUGCCAGAGCUUGCACCUGAGGAUGACAUCGAGGUUUAUCUGGCCUCCUUUGAGCAAGUGGCUGAAGCCUACAAGUGGCCCAGAAGAGAGUGGGUAGCCCGACUCAUGCCAGCUCUCACAGGAAAAGCCCAACAGGCCGUGAGCAGUCUGAAUGCCAGAGAUGCUCGAGAUUAUGGCAAGGUGAGGGCAGCCAUCCUGCGAGGGUGCAACAUCAGCACAGAGAUGCAACGUUUGCGCUUCCGGCAGUUCCGCUACCAAGAUGCCAAAGGGCCCCGAGAAGUUUACUGCCACCUGCGGGAGCUCUCCCAUCGGUGGCUGAAGCCAGAGAUCCGCACCAAGGAGCAGAUCAUGGAGCUGCUGAUCUUGGAACAAUUUCUGACCAUCCUACCAGAGGAAAUCCAGAGCUGGAUCUGGGUGCGUCACCCAGAGACCUGCGCACAGGCAGUGUCCCUGGCCGAGAAUUUCCAGCUGGGACAGCGAGAGGUUGGGAUGUGGGAGCAGCAGGUCACUGUGCGUGUGAAGGUUGAGGAAGUGACUCCAGAGGAGAUGGAGACCCCUGAAGCAUUAUGGGAAUCUCAGAGUCCCCAGUUCACUCCUGAAGGUGAAUCUCAGGAUGAGGAAGGACAAAGCAAGUACAGGUUGUCCUGUGCUCCAGCAGAUGAGACCCAAACUCUACAGGAAACUGCAGGUUCUGGGAUCCUGAGCAGUGCUGAAGAGCAGGCCAGUUGGCAAAGGCAAGAAAACCUGGAUCUUCCCAGAACAAUACAUGGUGGAAUGGGAGAGAAUGUUGUCCCAAGACCUGAACCAGGAGAAGAACACAAGAGACAGAAGGGAUUUCCAGCAAAGAAUGAAGAUCUCCCAAGGGCAUUUCCACAGCUCCCAGCUCAAGAAACACCAGGGACUGUAAGGGACCUUAAAAGCCAUGACGGUGGUGUUCACAGGACAGAGAAACCACACAGAUGCAGGGACUGUGGGGAAAGGUUCUGGGAGAAGCAGGAACUUGUGACUCAUGGCAGACUCCAUGAGAAGGACAGACCCUACCCAUGUGUUGAAUGUGGUAAGAGCUUCAACAGGCUCACGCACCUCAAGACACACCAGCGGACCCACACUGGUGUGAAACCCUACUCCUGCAGUGAGUGUGGUAAAAGGUUUGGCCACCUCUCAACACUGACCACGCAUCAACGACUCCACACGGGGGAGAGACCCUACUCCUGCAGGGAGUGCGGGAAAACCUUCACAAACCCCUCAGAUCUCAACAAGCACCAGCGCUCCCACACAGGUGAACGGCCCUAUCCAUGCGCUGCUUGUGGGAAGCGCUUCAGCCAGCAAUCCAACCUGACCAUGCACCAACGAUCCCACACAGAGGAGCGCCCAUAUCCUUGCACUGCCUGUGGGAAGAGCUUCAAGUACCUGGCCGAUCUCACUGUGCAUGAGCGCUCCCACACCGGGGAGCGGCCCUUCCCCUGCCCAGAGUGUGGGAAGGGCUUUAGCAACAAGUCAUCUCUUGCCCGGCACUUGAGAAUCCAUGCCAGGGCUGCAGCCAGAAACAAGUGAGACCCUCCCAACCACACCCCGGCCCUGGUUGUAUGUAUAUAACCAUUGGAAGCAGAGUGCCUGAGGUAAAUCAGCACCCCCCGUGUACCCGAGUCCAGUUAUGUGGUUUCCUCACAAACUCUGUUGGGGAUCCAACCUCAAGAGAACAAAGAGAGGCUUCUUCAUCUCAUUCUUCUAAGGAGUCCUAGUACCUGAAACUCCACCUCUAACUGGUCCCUUACCUGCUUUAAUUAAUGAUGCGGCAGCCUCUCUCUCCUUUGCAGCCACAUGAACUUCAAUCUACUUGCUCUGGUUCCCUGCAGCCCUCUCUGGCAAUGCUCGAGACUAGGGCUCCCUGCAUUUCUACUGCUUCUGAAUAUGGAACAUUUCUUUGACCAUGUGUUUGCCAUAAGCCUGAGAGUGCUUGCGCUACAGGCAAUACCACAAAGCCAGGGAGAAAGAUUCCUUCCACAGACUGGGAUGUUUCAGGACUUACCAGUACCAAGGGGAGAAAGUGUAAAAGAAAUCCUCAAAACUUACUGCUAAGGUCACGCCCUAAGAGACAGCCCACAGAGGCUCCAGGGACCAUAGCUCAAAGGGAACAUCCUUGGCCACAUCUAGGUCCCUGUCCUGCCACCAACUGGCUCUGCCUCAGUGAUCCAGCAGAGUCUUCAUCUUCACAGCUCUAGCCAUCACUUUCACAGCCCUUUGACAUCACUUCUCAGCUGUUGCCUGUGUAACCAUAGUCACAGUUUGCCACAUUGACUCUCUCUUUUCCACUCUCCAGAGUGGCUCUUCCUGCUGACUCCUGAUCUUGAACUAUGCAUUUAUGUUCCCCAUGUAGAUAAUCUUUUGUAUUUAUACAUUGCCUCCAUUGGUUUUCUACUCCUGACCUGUUCACUGUCAUGUUAAUGGUUUAUUAUUAUUAUUAUUUUUCCCCUGCCCUAUCUCUCUAAUGUUUUGUCCAUGCUGCCCAGCUGCUCAGCUGUCCAUCAGUACAACCACCAACUCAUUUCUUUGUCUGAGAGUCUGAUCACAUAACCUUGAUCAUGCAAGAAGCUCCCCUGCAUGCAAGAUCAGGGCCUUAAUUUUUAAUAACGGACCUACCUCAUCUGCAGAUUUUCUGAUAUUUUAUUUGAAUUACUGUUCACUUGACUCAACUGAAUAGUUCUUAUUAUCAGUUAGUUAAUUCACUACCAAGUCAUUUGACAUUAUCUAACCUGCUUUAUGAUGUCCCUUAAUUAGCCGCUCUUUGUCAUGCACACUUGUCAUUUUUGUUUUUCCCUCUCUGCAAUGCUGCCUCUCCCCGCCAAGUGCUGUAAUGACACUUUUAUGAAUCUC